CAAGUCUCAGUUCUCAAUUAGAUUCCUCCAAGUGCAUAACCAACCCAACCAGUCCGAAAAUUCCAAUCCACUACUCACUGACUGCCCUUCGACCACCGGAUUGGAUCAGUCUUCGUCAAAAGAAAAAAAAAUCAGUUACUUUCACCAUUUUAUUUUAUACGUGUACGGUUCGUGGUAGUCUCUGCAGAAAAUACUCAUCGAUUAUACAUCCAGACCUGGGGAUACAUAGUGGCUGAAAAAUUGGAAAAUUGAUUAAAAUUCGUCUGGCACGUUUGUAUGUGUUGACUUUUUGUAAUGACUUCAACCCGUGUUAUUGUCACUUCCUAGUUAAAUUGGUGGCUCACCUUUGGGUCGAUUUUAAUGUAGAUAUCGACAAUAGGUGAAUUUUAUUAUGUGAGGCUUCCUGUCAUAGGCUUCGUGUUGAAUUUGUCAUCAAUUUAUUUCGUCAAGUUCACGACUGUAAGGUAGAAAUCAAUUUGAAAGCAAUAAUGGAUUGAUGCAACUGGAUAAUUAAUCACGAGGCACAUUCCUCUCGAAUUUUUUCACACUUCCUUCAACAAGACCGUCAUCGAGUGCUUCAAGAAUGUCGUUGGAUGAUCCUUUCAUCGUUGUCAAAGAUGAAGUUUGCAAAGCGCUGGGUCGCACACGGGAGCUGUUUCAACACUGGAGUGAAAACUGUCAAGGGUCGAACGAGGUGUCGGAAUGGGUCGCUUCGCAGCUGCGGAACGGUCUCCGAAGUUUGGAGUGGGACCUCGACGACCUCGAGGCCACACUCGCCAUCGCCAAAAGACAAGGACUUCGAGACAACAAGGAAAUCUCAUCGAGACUCAAUUUCAUCAUUAAAACUCGUCAAGAGAUUCAGAAUAUUAAGGACGAGCUCAAUUUAAAGAGGGAAGACUGGGACACCUCAGCUCGGCAGCCGGAGAGCCCGAGGUGUGGGAACAAGAAGGCCAAGUACACCAAACUGGAGAAUGAAAGUCCGGAGAAAGUCGUCGUCGUCUCAUCUUCUAAUACUCUCUGCGUCGAGUGUGAUGAAAAUGCUUUAAUGUUGGAAGACUUUGGGCAAGAGGUUGAUCUAAUCGGGACAGAAGAUGGAAGUAAUCGUUCCUUUCUCUGGACUAGACUAAAAUACGUACCUAUUGGGAGGAAAACUUGGAUAAUCCUUGCCGUGCUGGUACUCGCCUUCAUCUGCUCUUUUACAAGUCUCGUGGUCGUGUUUGUGUACAACAGGCGAUGAAGAGAAAGGAGAAAGCAUUCAGCAGCAGAAGCCUAUAUACAAAUGGAAUUGGAACGACGCAUGCAUGCAACGCAAUAUUAUUAUUAUUAAGCCAACGACGCAAUCAACAAAUCUAUUCGCAGAGAGGAAAUUAUAUCUCAUCCCAAAUCAAGUAAAACAAAAAAAAUCAUUGCAGAGGAGAAAAAAAGUAGGCUAAUUUUGGUGGCUGGAAAAAAAUAAGAUGGGAAAAAUGAUUGAAUGGGUUAGUGAAAAAAAACGAAACGAAAGGAAAAUUAUAAAAGUGGAGGAGGAAACCAUCAUAUUUUUUAAGAUGCUUACUUCUUGUCAUAGUCAGUGUUAUCCAGCCUUGUUGACCAGUAUAUAUAUGUAUGCAUACAACAAUUUCGACGUUCUCAUCAUCAUCAGAUAAAUACGUACCAUCCAUGAUAAUCCCAAAACAAUUGAUAACUUAACUACGUAUAUAAAUAAUCUGCUUUAAUUAACCAUAAAAUGCGUAUUAAGUAAAUACUUAUGUAUGUAUAACCCAGACCCUGGCGAGGUUGACUUCCCCCCAACACAAAAUUCUAGUAGAUUAAAUUAAGAGGAAAAAAAUUUCGAAUUUCAAUAUGUACCCGUUCCAAGUGAAAAUUGUAUCCGUCUUUGAUGAACAAAUUUAGUCGAGAGUGUUGUCAAUUAAUUUUGUGUAGAGAGAGUAAAAUAAUCGAGGUUGAAGGAAAGGUAACUGUCAAAAGUGAAGGUUUAUGGGGAGAAGAAGGAAAAGAAGAAGAAGAAGUACCUGCAGUGCGUUGGUCGGCUUUCUUAAUCAAUUACGAUCCGUUUCAUUCAGGGGACUAUCAUCUAGCAUGUGUGGGAAAGCAAAGGGAGGAGGAUACAGUUUGAUAUUGAUUUAGUGGACAGAGAAGAGUGUGCUAUAUAUAUUGUAUGCAGAAGUGAUGAGGGAAAAUAAAUAGCUAUGUAGCUUCUUGAUAGAUUAUGUACUCUGUCUUCUUCUGCUGCCAUGAGGAAAAGAGGUGUCAGGCUCAUUGUAAGCUACACACAUGAUAAUGAUAUGCAAAAUCAAGGAAAAGGGGAAAACCAGGGAUUGUCAGCAGAAUGAAGGCCACGUUAUUAACCUGAGAAAGGAGCAUUAAUAUAGAGAGAAAGAUAUGCAAGCAAAGGCGAACAAGUAAAAUGAGAAUACAAAUUAAAAUGCAACUAUGUAUGUAUAUGCGAAUUAUAUGGUCUAUGAUAUACAAGUCCAGGAUAAGAGAUAUAUUGGCGAGUAUAAUUUAGAAGGAAGGAUUCAGCUUACCAACCAACACGCCAAGCAAAUUCUGCUGAUACUAAUUUUAAGCCAAGAGGAGAAUUAAUCAAAUCCAGCUACUAUCUAUAAGUUAACUUUGACCUGGCCGUUCCUCUCAUCGUGAUACUUGCCACAUAUGGAUGUCACCCAUGUUGACGAUGAUGCUGAUGACUUUCACCCCCAAGUCUAUCCUUUUAUAUAACAGGUUUUCACCUACUCUACUACUAGCGCCAGGUUAUGGUUACCAUAAAUUUAUAUUUGUACUUAUUGUUUCUUCAAAUAGAAAUUCUUUUUUGUCUAAUAAAAAGCUAUUUUUAAUAACACAGAAA